UUUCUUUUCCCUCUCACUCUCUCUUCCUGUCCUGUCUGUUUAAGGAGAGCAAGAUUUUGGGGAAAUUCCUUCAAGCUACUUUACUUCAGGUUUCUGUGGGAUUUAAACAUGCACACUGAGACUUUGGUACAGUCCAUGUUAGUGCCGUUGUUUCUGAUCCUGCUCUCUGCCGUUGAGGACACUUUGUUACAGUCGGUGAGCCAGGUGGGUGGUUUGUGCAAGCUGUCCACAGAGUCGUCCCUGCGUCGCUGCCGGACACCUGAUGGCAAGAUCUGCAGCGGGAGGGGCAAGUGCGACUGUGGCAUCUGCGUCUGCGAGGCCACGGACCCCGGGAAGUUCUACGGGCCACGCUGCGAGUGCCACGACUGGGUCUGUGCUACAUAUAGCGGAAAAACUUGCAACGACCGUGGUUACUGUGACUGUGGGAUGUGUGAGUGUGAUGAAGGCUGGUUUGGAGAUGCCUGCCAGUUCCAGGAGGAGUGUAACCUAUCCAACAAGAAGAGCAAAGAGCUCUGCAAAAACCAACAGGGGGUGGUCUGCUCCAACAGAGGAACCUGCCACUGUGGUAGCUGCAUGUGUGAAAAUAAUGACGGCAGGGACUUGGUGACGGGACGUUUCUGUGAGUGCGACGACAGCGAGUGUCUGGACGAGGACACCGGAGAGGUCUGUGGAGGCCAUGGCCAGUGUUACUGUGGAAACUGUUACUGUGCUGCUGGUUGGCAUGGAGACAAAUGUGAGUUCCAGUGUGACAUCAGCCCAUGGGAAAGCAAGCGGAGAUGCACAUCUCCAGAUGGCAAAAUCUGCAGCAACAGAGGGACCUGUGUGUGUGGGGAGUGUAACUGCUAUGAUGUGGAUCCCUCUGGAGACUGGGGAGAUAUUCACGGAGACACCUGCGAGUGCGACGAGAGGAACUGCCACGCAACGUACGACCGGUACACGGACGACUUCUGCUCAGGUCAUGGCCAGUGUAACUGUGGCCGCUGCGAUUGCAAGGAAGGAUGGGCAGGGAAGAAGUGUGAACACCCUCUGUCCUGCUCCCUGUCUUUGGACAGCAGCCUGAAGAAGUGCAGAGGAACAUCCAAUUUGCCCUGCUUCGGACGAGGUCAGUGCCAGUGUGGACAGUGUACUUGCCACCCACCUGGGGACAGCCGCGUUCACGGCAAAAACUGUGAGUGUGACGACCGUCAGUGCGAGGACAUCAAUGGAGAGGUUUGUGGAGGUCACGGUUACUGUUCAUGUGGACGGUGCAUCUGUGAGGAGGGCUGGUUCGGGAAGCUCUGUCAGUUCGCCAGAUCUUGUGACAUGAGCGAUGCCCAGAGCAAGGAGCUUUGCGAGACCUCUGAUGGAGUCAUGUGCAGCGGAAAAGGUUCUUGUCACUGUGGCCAAUGUAUCUGCUCACCCCAGGAUUGGUGGGUGUCUGGAGAGUACUGUGAGUGUGAUGACCGAGAGUGUGAUAAACAUGACGGCCUCAUCUGCACAGGGAAUGGGCUGUGCAAUUGCGGCAACUGCGAGUGCUGGGAUGGCUGGACGGGGAACGCUUGCGAAAUCUGGGUGGGAGCAGAGUACUGAGGAGAAACAGGACACUGGGGUUUCAGAGACUAGAGUGACCAGGAGCACCACCGCCACCACCACCACCACCGCCCGUCACGACCAAAAACACCGCAGCUUGGAAACUGCCGGAAGAAGGAGAAGACUAAACAUGGAUGUAAUUCUGCAUAUCACUAACAGUAUUCAUUGUUUUAUUGUACUGGUUACAAAGGCUCCUUAUUAAAACUGGGUUAGGUGAAAAGAAGCAACCAUACUUUUCUGUUUAAAACACAUUAUAUUAUAUAUAUAUAAAAUCUGCUUUAUGUUUUUUUUUUUUUCAUACUGUAGGAACGCUUACAUAUUUCAAAUGGCUAAAUAUAAUAGGAUGCAGGAACAUGACAAAUCCAAAUGCUGGAAAGAAGAAAACAUGUUGUAUUAUUAACAUUUUUGGAACAGGUGUGACACUAUGGGAAGAUGUAGGUCUGCUUUUUCUAGUACCAAGUGUUUUGUUUUGUUUUGUUUUUCCCCCCAAAACUGGGCUGAAAUUUUACUCAAGGCAGAGGCUGCUCUUUGAGGUUUUUAUUUCCUUUUAAUAAUAAAACAUUAAAUGUGCCGCAUGACACAACAUUUUGCAUGGAAAACAAUGCGAAGACCUUAAUCAUACAUGGUUACAAAUUUGUUAUAACAUGACAUAACUCCAAUGGGCAUACUUGCAAUGGUAUAUAUAUAUAUUUUUUGAAAAUAAAUCCAUUUUAAUAGUGCCUAAUCAUCUCCACCAGGAACCAAACAAUCUGCCAUGUCAUCUACACUGUCCUAGUGGUGAGAAGAUUUAAAUUCUAGGUGGAAGAAACAAAGAGAAGGGCAUAAAUAGUUCGGUUGUGGCAUGCUGGAUGUCCAUGUCACUUCAAAAGGUGGUAAUCAGGGGAUGAGAGCUGCAUUGACACAAGAGCUCAGUCACCACUUGAAAAGAGGACCGAUAAGAAGUCACAAAGAAAAUUUAAUGUAAAUUCUACUUUGGCCUUUUUUCAUGCUUAAACUAGCCAAACCCCUCUGUUUUUCUUUGUCCCAUCAAAAAUGACAGGUGCAAUAAUAUACUGCACACUAUAUUGCAUUAAGUAUGUUACUGACAUUACAGUACACCUUUAUAUAAAUAUUUUAUUCAAUAUGUUGUAUAUGUGUAUACAACAAACACAAACUGUAUAGUGUAGACAAACUCGUUGCAUAUAUGUAAAAUUAGCGGUACAUACCAACAGUUCUUGAUAGACAUAGCCUACUACAUGCAGUUCAAUGCCAUCCUCUCCCCAUGCAACAGAUGGGACAACGUACAAAAUAAGAGGUUGAAAAACAAACAGAGGCAACGAAGAAAACUAAGUUGAGAGAAAAUAAAAUCUCGUUUGAAGAGAAGGGAACCAAAGCAAAAAGUGAUUGGGAUCUGAAAAAAAAUGACAUCACGCACGACCCGUAUACGAGAGAAAUGAGGACAAACAAAGACGGAAAAAAGAAGAAGAACGAGAAACUACAGAGAUCCAAACAGAGAUGUACAUUUACACACCGGUCAUUUACAAAAAUAAAGUCAGCCUUGGAGGAGCCAGUUAACUGGACUGGACUGCAGGGCUGGAGUAGUAACCAGCCCAGCAUGUAGAGUUUGUGAGUGGAGGAUGACUGGCUGCAAUAAGGAGCAUCAGCCCCAAAUACAACUACAGUGGUUUCCAGCUCCUGUGUGUGAGUGUGUGUGUGUGUGUGUGUGUUUGUGUGUGUGUGUGUGUGUGUGUAUGUGUAGAGUACGCCAUCUUUGUUAUAGCAUUAACAGCUUUGUACAGACAAAUAUUGACAUCUAACUAAUGUGCUUUGAUGUGCUGUAAUAAGAAAAUUAUGUAUAAUCCCAAUAAACUCAUAAAAUUAUA